AUGGCCAACGCAACGAACAACAUCCUGGCCGAACAGAUCGAGUCGCAGGGCGCGACGAACAGCUCGCAGAUCAUGCGCGACAGCUCGCCGAACUACGUCGACGGUGGGUCCCAGUUCGACCGCGCCCCCGACGGCACUGUGCUGGUGGCGAGAGCCAAGUCGCUCGCAACUAUCGAAGCUUUCAAUGCCGCAUUCAAGCCCAUCUUGGAGCGCAACAGCAUGGAGGAAAGUGCCGUUCGGUUCGAAGGUCUGCCUGCCGCUUCCCGCAUCCAAGUUCGCGCCCUGGGGGCCAAAGGUUUUGCCUCGAGGAAAGUCGCGCAGAUGCUGGGCUCGCUCCGUGAGCCCGGCGGGCCUUGGCUUCGCCACCAUGUGGUAGGCGCGCUCGGAGCCCGAGUUGAGAUGUUCAUCGAUGCGGACAAGUCUCCAUGCCAGAUUAAGACAGAGCAGCUGGUCAAAACUGUUUGCAACGCCUGCGCGGAGGCAUGCCCCCGGAAGUGGUUCUUCGGCAACGAGCUCAAAGGUGCCAUCAGCAUCGGCUGGAAGCCGAUCAUUUCCAUCCUUCCCCAGCCUGGGGACAUCCCGCCCGAGGUCAAGUGGGCCCGGAAGAACCUGGUCGACGAGGGCGCCGACAAGGGCGCGAUCCUGCAGAGCAUCGCCAGCGUU